GUUCGAUCCAUGUAGGAACACCGCCUUUGCGCGGUCAACUUUUUCUGCCGCAAAAUUUAGAAGAAUUUCAUGAAGCACGCAGAAAAGCCAACAGAUUUGAACAGAUAACAAUGGCGCCCUCUCGCUCCCCGGAGCCCGUAUCAGACGGCUCUCACGAGCCCUCGGACUCCUCAGACGUUGAGCAAACGGAGCUGCAAAAUCGCGCCCCCAAAAGAAGACGCCUAUCGGAGUCUUCAGUAGACUCCUACGUUGCUCCGGCGCCGCUCCCCACCCUCUCUCGUAUCAAGAAGAAGGAAGCAAAAGAUGAUAAGCCUGCCACAACCACGGAAAAUGACAACCCUGUCUUGAUUCGUGAUGCCCUUGAAAUUGGACUGCAGGAUGAGGAGUCUUCAUUCAAAGCACUCAAUGUUUCGCCGUGGUUGGUGGGCUCCCUGACGACUAUGGCGGUUAGAAAGCCCACGGCCAUUCAAAAAGCCUGUAUACCGGAGAUUCUGAAGGGGAGAGAUUGCAUUGGAGGUAGCCGGACUGGUUCCGGAAAGACAAUUGCCUUUUCGGUGCCUAUCUUGCAGAAAUGGGCGGAAGAUCCGUUUGGCAUCUUCGCAGUUAUCCUAACUCCCACAAGAGAACUUGCGUUGCAGAUCUACGAACAAAUCAAGGCGAUCUCGGCACCUCAGAGCAUGAAGCCACUUUUGAUCACCGGAGGAACAGAUAUGCGAUCUCAAGCACUUGCUCUUUCGCAGCGGCCCCAUGUUGUGAUUGCGACACCCGGUCGACUCGCAGACCACAUCAAUACAUCCGGUGAAGAUACGGUGCGUGGACUGAAGCGCGUCCGCAUGGUCGUUCUUGAUGAAGCCGAUCGACUUCUGGCUCCUGGUCCCGGAAGCAUGCUUCCUGACGUAGAGACCUGUCUAUCCGCUCUCCCACCGUCCAGCGAACGUCAAACGCUCUUGUUCACCGCAACAUUGACCCCCGAAGUGCGCGCUCUCAAGUCCAUGCCUAGAGCUGAGAACAAACCGCCGGUCUUUGUUACUGAGAUCUCGACCGAGAAUAAAGGCACAAUCCCUCCAACCCUCAAACAAACUUACCUCAAGGUCCCCAUGACGCACCGCGAGGCCUUCUUACACGUGCUCUUGUCUACAGAAGGGAACUCCUCUAAGCCGGCUAUCAUCUUCUGCAAUCACACUAAGACUGCCGAUCUGCUGGAGCGGAUGCUUCGCCGCCUCUCCCAUCGAGUCACCUCACUACAUAGUCUUCUACCCCAGUCCGAACGUAACUCUAACCUCGCGCGUUUCCGUGCUUCCGCUGCCCGGGUCCUGGUAGCGACCGACGUCGCGUCUCGUGGUCUGGAUAUCCCGUCGGUCAGUCUGGUGAUCAACUUUGAUGUACCGCGCAAUCCGGACGACUAUGUCCACCGUGUCGGUCGUACCGCUCGUGCGGGACGGCAAGGUGAAGCGGUUACCCUAGUUGGACAGCGAGACGUACAACUGGUGCUAGCGAUCGAGGAGCGAGUGGAACGGCAGAUGGAAGAAUGGAGCGAGGAAGGCGUCAGCAUUGAGGGACGCGUGGUGCGCGGUGGCGUGCUCAAGGAAGUUGGAGAGGCUAAACGAGAAGCUACUGGAGAGAUUGAGGAGGGCCGCGACGUGUUAGGGCGGAAGCGGAAUAAGCUGAAGAAGGUACGGUAGGCUUCGUCGGAGGCGUGGAUAGAUUGUACAUAUAUCGAGGAUGUCUUUUUAAUGAUAUGAUGGUUGUUCAGCGAUGUUGUUGCGUCGGUUUACUUGGAGUCAGCCAAGGCAUUCUUUGAUUAUUUUUUGUUCGAUCCUACGUCUACUUUUGCGCCAGGUUAGGAGUCCAUCUUGGCUGGCAAUCUCCGAUCUACACCUAUUUUAUUUUCCAGGGUACCACCCGUAUGAGAGUCUCCUUGGUGGUUUGAAGGACAUCAAUCGAGCCAUGGUCGAAACAAAUCCACAUGGGAUCAUCCUCAUGAGAUGUUUCGUGAAGACAAUCCAGAACUAUUUCCGCCAAGACAGAAUAGUUGACGAACCUCUCCUGAUGGCCACGUUCUCGAAACGCCAUCGAUAGCCAAACCAUGGUGGGAAAUAGU